AUGUCAACACACAAGGACAUUACAAUCAUUGGUGGAGGAAUCAUUGGCUGCAGCACAGCCUACUUCCUCACACGGCAUCCUUCAUACUGUCCCGACACUCAUCGCAUUACUCUGCUAGAGGCAUCCUCUACGAAUUCGGGUGGACGCACAGCUGAUAGCAUCACUGAUCCCGCAACACUGGCCGAUCCCAACACCCCGUGGAAGAGAAAUCCAGCUCACGAUGGUAUCGCCGGCGGCGCCAGUGGGAAAUCAGGCGGCCUUCUUGCGCUCUGGGCAUUUCCGCAGAACAUUGUUCCCUUGAGCUUUCAACUACACGACGAGCUGGCCAAAGAGCAUGGAGGGAGCGAGAGAUGGGGAUACCGACGUUGCUUUGCCAGCCAGGUUGACUGUCGAGCACGCCUGCCGCCCGGCUUCAACUCAGAAGAUGGCGCCCUUGCGGCCGAGGCUGUCGAAGGCGAGGCCUCGAAAGGGUUGCACAAGGACCACAAAAAGACGACACAAGCUCUCAAGAAAAUGGGGGCUCCCGAGGAUCUCGACUGGCUGGAUACGGACCACGCACUGAGUGCAUACGAUAAUAUGGGGACACCUGACAACACGGCACAGGUACAUCCAGAGUUGUUUACAAGGAGCAUGGCCCAACUUGCAGAGGAAAAGGGAGUCAGAAUCAUCACUGGAGCAAGAGUGACCGGUAUCAAUAAAUCUCCCAAUGGCCAGGCGGUCGAAAAUGUAGUAUAUGAGAAGGACGGGCAGUCGGUGACGCUGCCAACGUCAGAUUGCGUUGUAGCGGCGGGUCCUUGGACAUCCCGACUUCUUCCCCACGUCCCUGUUACAGCAUCCCGAGCUCACAGCGUUGUCAUUCAAACGCCUAGCCCAAUUUCCGCCUAUGCUCUCUUCACAUCGAUCAUGCUUCCUUCUGGGUUCCCGACACCGACUCCACAAAAGGCACGAGGCUCCAAAGCUGCGCAAGGCCCGUUGAAGAGGACGCAAAUGGUGGAGCCCGAGAUAUAUGCUCGGCCAGAUGGAACGGCAUACGCGUGCGGCCCUACAGAUCAGACUGUACCGCUUCCUUUGACCAAUGCCGAGGUUCAGGUAGACGAAGCACGAUGUGAGGAUAUUUUGCAUCAGGUUGGGGGCAUCAGUAAUGAGCUAGGAAAAGACGGAAAAGUCCUUGCCAAGCAAGCUUGUUACCUACCCCAAGGUGGGCCAUGGAUCGGCGAGGUCGAUGGAACUCAAGGAUUGAUAGUAGCAGCGGGUCAUACGUGCUGGGGAAUACAAAAUGCUCCUGGUACUGGUAAACUUGUGAGUGAAUUGGUUUUUGAUGGUGUCACCAAAAGCGCCAAGCUGGGUGGCUGUGAUCCAUCUAGGGCAUUCUGA